UCAAUUUUUAUGAAAUAUUUUGCACAUUGUUUUAACAAAAUGUACAAUUAUAGAGAGUAUUGUGCACUUAAUAAUCCAAUAACUAAUUUGUUCAUUAAAUCAAAUGGUUCAAUACUUAUGGAUAAAAAUAAAAAUAAAGGUAGACCUGAUAUUGUGAAGUUGCGCAUUCAAUUAACAUUAAACGAAAUUUUUAAUGGAUCAAUAAAAUCAGUUAAAAUUAAAAGAAAACCUAAUAUUAUUUGUGUUUCAAAAUCAAAUGAAAUACAAGUUCUGAAAAUAAAAAUACCUCGUGGGUUUCCCACAGGAGGAACAUUAAAGUCUGAGGUAUCAAAGCCAGGCAUAGGACAUAAAAAUGUUAAAAGUAUUGUAUAUUACCUAUAUAGGUAUUUAUAUGUCUGUAAAUGUGAAGCAAAUAGAGAAUAAAUUA